CUUGUCUCUGAAAAUAUUUGACAUAAAAAAAUAUAAAUUACAAAUGGCGUUUACGUAGAAUUUAGAAUAGACAGAUGUGUUCACGGCCACGAUGGGCGAUGAUUCUUUGAUAUUACGAGAAGAUGGUUAUAUACGUAUGAAUUUUCCUGUUACUUCUGUUACAUACCACAGUAAUUUGAAUAUAAUAUUGGUGAAGAGUGACUCAGGCACUGUACACGUCUUGGAUGUCAACUCUGGUGUGAUACUCCAGUCGACUUCUCUGUCAGCGGAUGAAGGUGGAGCUAUCGGGGUAGACUACGUGCCCGGGGCGGACCGGGUGUUCGUGUGGGACCAGCUCGGCGUCGGCGCACGCACCGACUACAAUGGAGUCCUGCUCCUACACACGGUGCUGCAGCGGCCGCUCGCCUCCUCGCAGUCAGACAGCCUCAUCAAAAUCGAGCUGGUUCUGUCCGAGGCUGUCCUGCUGUACCAGUGUCUGCAGAGCCUAGAUGUGCUGUCUAUCGAGGGGCUGGCCGACUUCAUCAAUGAACUCAAGUAUGCAAUUGAUGCUGAGCCAGUCCGGAAAGGUGUAAAAGCACAAAAAUGGAGCACAGUGACCAUCCAGCUAUCACAGUCAACGCUCCGCCUAGUCACCACCGGGGUGGUCCAAGAGCUGAAGGGCCAGAACCGACGAAUCCCAGCAUUGGCCAUCGCAUCGGCCGUGGGCCACCGCGCCAACGAGCUGGUGCCAUGCUCCCGGGAUGAAGAGUCCAGAGCGCUCAUGUACUCUGAGGCGGAGAGGAAGGAGACCUUCAAGAGAUGGCCGCAUAUGGAUUACAAAUGGGCGCUACCAGCGCGCAUGGCACAAGCCGGCUUCUACCACCAGCCGUCGCCCAGCGGGGACGACCGCGCCAUGUGCUUCACGUGCAUGGUGUGCCUGGUCUGCUGGGAGAAGUCGGACGAGCCCUGGGUGGAGCACGAGCGCCACUCGCCCAACUGCUCGUUCGUGCGCGGCGAGUAUACGCACAAUGUGCCCAUUUCUGUAACAAACGCCACAGCAUGCGCAGUGCCCAACCCCAACGUGUCAGUGGUCUCCAAAGGCAAUACCGGGGACAUGGUAGCAGUCGGGACCACCGACGGGAAGGUCAACAUAUACAAGUUUGACUGCGGACUGAAGCUGGUCAAGUACAUCCACCUGUCUCCGUACGAUUCCAUAUUCAGCGGGAUCCUGACUCCUGAUUACAAUAAAGUCUGGUCAACUAGUUUGGAGAAGGAUAGUUCAACAUACGGCCUGGAGCUGACCGCCAUGUCGUUCCUCGGCCUGACCUCCGCGCAGGAGCCCUACGCGCAGGCGCAAAACGCCGAGAGCGUCGAGAAGGACCCUACUGGCAGCAAGACCAAGCCUUCCCUCAUCUGCGCAGUCACCAUCACCAGAACUAUGAUACCCUCAGAACUGCCAUCCCGCGAGGAGGACGCCAGCAAAGCCCUCUUCGACCAAGGCGCAGACCAGAAGGAAAGCGUCCAAGCAAUGAACGACGAGAACGAAGCGAAGAGCAACCUUGCCUCCAUCAAAAUGCUGUUCCUCUUAACCUACGACGUCCACAGCUCCCUCGCUGGCUCGACGACCGUCGUGCAUACUUCCAGCAGCGGCAACUCCAAGCCCGGAGGCAGCAAGAAGAUGUGCACCGUCGCCCGCGCUGAUGACAGCAACAUCUAUGACGAGAUCUGUCUGCAGUACUCAGACGACGACACCGAGCUUCCCCAGUGCACCAAGAGCUUCCUAGACGACUCCAUAAGCAAUGUCAUCAACUUGAACGCGUCGUCGAGUAAGGAUGACGCGAAGGCGUGGGAUUCUAAACAGCUGAUGUUCUCAAAGCACUUUAAAAUCAUGCCUCCGCCGCCUCCUACCGCGCUUCUGCCGGAGCUUCCCGAAGCAGGGCAGACUGUCAGCCUUCUAGACUUCGUCGGAAAGAUGUCACAGCUGAAGAGCUGGAAGAGCGGCAAUCUAGACUCUGUAGGCACCAAGCUAGCGGACCAGACGGACGCAGGGGUGUUACAGCAUGCAGACCCCAUCACACAUUACCUAAACAUGAAUGGUCCGCUAGAAAUAUCCGAUCUCAAAUGGUACGAAGGAGGCGACGGAACGGAGAAGGUUAAGGUCACAUCAUUUGGUGGUUCCAAAAGUGUUACCCUUGGUCAGAUGGGGCCGAUCAGCUAUCCCAGCAUGACGAACGACGGAGUUUCCACCCCGUGCGAACCUCCGCCUGAAGAGGUUAUCACGCAGGGCAUCGCUGUCCAGUGCCUGAGUCUUCCAACUAAGCUAAACCUUUCAGAAAACUCGAAGGUCACCCAUUUGCUACCUACAGAAGAUAAGGAGCAUGUCCUAGUUGUAAUAUCUAGCAUUGAUCCAGAAAAGAUCAAGAAAGACACGAAAAGGGAGGCGACAGACAGCGAUGGGGACGUUAAAAUGGACGUUGACGAGGCAACAGAGGCGACAGAGGCUGUAGAAAUGCCUGAAAACUAUGCUUACUUCAUUCUUUACAAAAUCAAUAACAAAACGUCUCUGUUUACGUUAGAAGACAACCCGGUGACAAUGAAAGAGCUGCCAUACGGAGAGAGUCCCGUGGACCUGUGCUUCCUACCUCCAGACAAGCAGGAGCAAUACUCCUUCGCAUCAGUAGGCGUUGAUGGAGCCCUGCGCAUGUACUGCCUGCCAGACUUCAAGGUCCUAUCUGAGAAGCGAGUGCCCAAGGGACAGUUCACCUCAGUUGUAUACUGCGCGAGUGUCGAGCGACUCAGUGUGUCGACCAAACACGGCAUGAUCUACUUCUACGCGCUAAACAACGGCGAGAAGGACACGGCAGGAGAUAUAGAUGAGGAUGACUUUGCUAACAUUGACUUUGACAUGCUGUCGAAGGCGCCUCGCGACGAGGUCUGUGGGCCGAUGCCGGCGCCGGUCAUCAUUCCGCACAAGACUGAAUUAGACAUGGCAGAUCUGGAGACGUUGAUUUCCCUGACGGGGUCGUACGGGACGACGACAACUGUGCCGUAUAGUGCUGUAGUGCCGGGCUUCUGGUGCGAGUUGUCGCCGGCGCAGCGCUCGCGCUCCGACCACCAGCACAACCGCACCUGGCGCCUGCAGAAUACCUCCUCCACCUGGGACGAGCAUGUCCUCGAGCUGACCCUCCCAUACAGCGUCUGCCUCGCACACAUCGAGUUCAGCUUCACGCUACACAUGCCGUGCACGGUCAACCUGCCGAUAAUACAGGUGACGCUCUUGAAGCAGAACCAUCACGGCAUCGGGUAUAAAAAAGAUGCCUCGUUUGGACAAAGACCGGACUCUCCGGUUUUCUUCCCUCUGAUAGACUCUGACGUGCCGUCCAAUCUGGAAAAUCCGGUGAACAGUGAGGAGUACCUUCAGGCUCAUAACGCAGAGAUCCUCGCUGGACCUGUGUUGUUGUCCUCUGGUUUGGACUUGACCCAGCAGUCCGGCACGCUCAUUCUGACCAGCCCUCGCAUCUUCAGGGCGAGGGGGCGCACCUUCCUCAUCCACAUCAAGACGCUAUUCGACCCCGCCAAGGACAUGGGUAAAACCCCAGCGCAGAAGAACGCAGAGAAUAACGCUAAGAAAGCAGGUUUUAUAGGCUGCGACUGGCUGCAUCAGAUAUCUAUAUCCGUGCGCAGCAGUCCGCACAUUGACGUGCCAAUGGAACGGCAGCAGAGGAUCGCCAUGUUGGAAUCCAACGCUUUCCUCAACACACUCUUUGAGAUAGCUUCUAGCAAGACCGAUUUCGAGAAACGUAAGUUGGCGUUAGACCUGCUUAUUUGGGUGAUCGCAAUCAGACUACAAAGACUCCGCCUGACGAAAGAGAAGGGCAAAGACGGCGGAAAAGACACACAGAACCCGAUAGAGAACCAGCAACUGGAAUGUAUUAAAGUUGUCGAGAAAUACGUGCAUGUGUUGAUCAAGAAUUGCAUUCUCUGCUCCAAGAGAAGCGUCGCUAAGAAGUGCAUUAAAAUCAUCCUGAUUACUAGCGAGGGUGUGAAACAACUAGCCAAACCCUGGAAGUCGACAUUCGAGCAGACGCUAACAAACAGCGUGAGCGCGUGCAUUCCUCUACUCGGCGCGUGUGACUCCCCCGGAGCAAUGAAGUGGCUGGUGGCUCUGGCCCAGCACGUGACCAAUAGGGAGGCGGCUACGGGGCUGGUCUCCAGGUGUCUGGCCUUGCUGGAGAGGACCGCCAAGUGUAUAAGGGAGAGAGGGAAUGUGUACCAUCAUUUGUUGAGGGCUAGAUUCGGCCUCUACGGCCUGCCCCUCGAGCGCACAAUCUUCGACAUGCAGGGCCCGACCCUCGGCAAGAGCACCUCCUCCCCCGUGACCUACGCCAGCGUGCUGGUCGGCGACGCCAACACCCCCGCCGCCGCCGCGCCCAAGCCGGAUUACCAGCUGAAGGACCUGUUCAAUUUGACUGCUGAUAUGGACGGCAAAUCCCCUCCAUCCAACCUGGCGUGGUGGACUCAGAACAACGGUGUCGGCGUCUUCGGCUACGGCCUGAGCGAGUCGAUGCCCCUGCACGUGACGUGCCACGUCGCGUCUGACGGCACCAAGCUCGAGUCUAGCGGCUCGAGGCAUCAUGCUGCUGUUGUGAACACGCUGCCUGGAGAUCCUAGUCAGCUCUGGACAGUGGUGAAGGAAGGUCAAAUGAAGCUGACCGUACAGGACCCGGACUCGCUGGAGGACGCCGAGAGCUCCUCGCCCAUGGACUGCGACCCUCAGGAGAAACUCGACUUCACUGACGAGCGGUUCUUCCAGGAGCAAGAGCAAUGCGGCAUCCCUUGGGCGCAACUGGUGACGCGGCCGCCGCAACACACGCUGGUGGUGGAGCGCAUGCACUCCGGCGCGCGGCGCUACAUCGUGCUGGACUUCGGACACACCGUGCGCCUCACCGACGUGAUAAUCCCUUCCUGCUCGGACCUGGUGACCCUCUGCAUCGACAUCUGGGUGCGCGGCGAGGAGACCGACAGCGUGAAGCUGGCAUUCGCCACGGACAUCGCCAGCAAACACCUGGUGCUGUCGGACAUACAGCCCCCGCCCAGGGCCCGGUAUAUGAAGAUAACAACGAUAGGCCGCUACGGCAUGUCGGCCAUGAAGUGCAAGAUCCCUCUCGGCUGGUUCUACGGCGAGAUCGACGACAUCAGCAACGUGCAGGCCUCGGUCAACUCGCUCAACGCGCUGCAACAGGACUUGACGUGCAGGUUUAGGCUAGCAACAGGCAAGCUAAUGGACCUCCUCAACCCGUACCUAGAACUAUACAAUGGGAACGCAGCCCACAUGAUGGCUUACCUGAAUUUAGCCAACGAAUCCGACCCGAAGGUCAUGACUGCAUACCACGAGUGCAUAGAACUACAACAACAACUGCACACUUGCACAAACAUUCUGACUAAACUGCAGAGUAGUAAUGACUGCAAUGAACAAGUCUUGGACAUGAUCAAUAAAGGACAGGUGGACUCUGAAGCGCUGCUUGAGAGGGCUUCGACGGAUAAGCUGAGAGUGAUGUGCGAGAAUAUUGUCGAUAUGCUGCUGUACUUCUACUUCCAAGUUGGUGAUGUGCGCACAGAAGAGAUGAGCGUAGACUGGUGCAGCAGCAUGGUGGAGUUAGUCUGGGCGUGGGGCGGCGCGGGCGGGGCUGCUCUCGCCACCCUACUAGCACGUGUCUGCGGAGGCGCCGCCUGGUGGGGUGACCUGUUGGCUGAUACGCUGGCUGCGGCGUUCGCUGCUGUUGACGCGCCGCCGCUGCCGCUUGAUCGCGUCCUAGUCCUGAUAAUGUACAUGGGCCGUCGUUCCCUCACCGCGCACGCUGGCGCGGGUGGCGUGGCGGCGGCACUCGCGUCGCGCGCGCUGCAGCUGUUGCGCGCGCCGCCCGCGCCCGCCGUCGCCGCCGCCACGCUCACCGCGCUCGCUGGAGCUUUGGACGCGCAGCCACGACGCGCUAAACAUGCCAGAUGGGACUGGGUAACCGGCGGGCGGGCCGGCGCGGGCGGCGCGGAGGCCCCGGCCGCGGGCCGCGCCGCCGACUGCCGCCUGCACCGCCGCAAGCUGCACAAGAAGCUGCUGCACCAGAUGCACCAGAUGCAGGAGCUGGACGCCGCUAGGAGGCAGGUGCAGCUCGCUUUGGAGGAGCAACAGCGCGCCCGCUUCAGCAUCAAAGCGCGCAUGGCGAUGCUGGGCAAGCGAGGCGGCUCCAAAUCUGAAGGCGGAGGCGCGGGGGCGGAGCCGCGCCCCCCGCGCCUCGUGCCGCUCCCCCUGGCGCGGGAGCUGGCGCAGGCGCUCGUGCAACACAUGCUCGCCAUGGACAGUUCGAGUGGAGGGGAUACCAUGCUGCUUUGUGCUAAGGUGGUAGGCCGUCUCUGCGCGCUGUCGGGAGGCGCGUCCCUGCUGGACCCCAGCUGCAUCUUGGGCCUGGCGCGGCUGGCCGUCACGCUGCCGCCGUGGCCAAGACACGCGCUUACCACGCUACUGCAGGACCUAGUCGAAUACGAGUCGGGUCCCACGCAGUCGGCCGACGUGGCGGACUGGUCCCUAGGGGCUGGGAGCUCGUCGCGAGUCAUACGCGUCUCACAGGACGACCACUUCACCGGCAAGGCCGCCAGGAAGCCCAAGCAGGCUUCUGUAGCUGACGUACUGGCAGACAGUUUCGGAUUAGAAAAGACUAGCAAUCCCGCCCCUUCUAGCCCCAAACCUAAUGUUUCCAACGAGAUAAAGAACGCGGUGAUGACGAUGGAGUGCCUGCCGCUGCAGCAGGUGGCCGAGUCGGACGACUCGGAGUCGGAGGAGAAGCUCGAGCAGUACUUCCUGGACGCCGUCAAGAAGGAGACCAAGGCGAAGCCGCCCGUUGACACUAGUACUAGCAACAUAUCGGCGUGCCUCGACGCGCGCCUCGAGAGCGGCACGGAAGGCAGCAGCGAGGCGGCCGCGCGACGCCUGCUACUCGCCGGCAGCGGAGCCCUAGCCGCCGCCAUCAAGGCGCCCCCAGUCUCCGCCGCCCGCCCUCCGGACGAGCCCCCGCCCCCGCGGACCACGCCGCCGCUCACGCACACCCUGCCGGAUGUGUUUAGGCAGCUGGCUAUGGAGUUCCCUAAUCAGAUGGACUGCACAUUCAUGGAGAACGUGAUAGCCCUAUGGCUCACCAUCAACGGGUCGGGCUGGGGCGCCGGCUCGCCGUGGUCGCUGGGCGGGCUGGCCGUGCCGUCCGACGGGCCGCGGGUUCGACUCUCGGCCGACACCGUCGCGGCCAUGCUGCUUUCGCUGUGCCAAUUGGACAACGUGUCACUGAGAUGCUGGGUCUUGUGUAUGCAGGCGCUGGCGUGGAAUGCAAGUUUACCACUACAGACGGAAGGCAGCACGCAGACGAUGGGCCGCGUGAUCCUGGAGUGCGAGCACUUCGUACCGGCCGUCGUCAAGUUUGUGACUAUGAACGUCGCCACAGAUGGCGCCGUCAUCACCUCCGAGCCUUACUUGGGCGGAGUAUCAGUAGGCGCGGGCGCGGGCGCCGCCUCGGCCCUGCACAGCGUGCUAUCCCGCGUCGUCUGCGGGCGCGGGGCCGCCGGCGCCGUGGCAGCCCUACGCAUCGUGUGCGGCGUGUGGAACCGACAGAGCCCGUCCGGCUGUGCCUAUGAUCUGCAAGCGGCGCUGCUGAGAGCCGCCCACCCGUUGUUGCAGAACUUGAGCGCGAAGCAUGAGGCGCACGCGUUGCAGUUGAUUGAGUCUGUUGCAACCCUCUCAGCCUCCUGGGUAACCGAAUCCGUCUCAUCCCGCACCACGGCCACCGUGGUCUCUGACGGGGCAUCAGACGUGCGCCUCUCCGGCCUGCUAGCCGACGUGCUCGGCGGGGGCAGCACGGGCAGCGCGGGGGCGUCGCGCCGCGCGCCGCUCAGACGGUCCGUGCUGGCUCAGCUGCUGCAUUAUUGUAGACGGCUGUUGGCGCUGCCGCAACCGCUGACGGCGAUUGGGGCUCAGGCAUUGAGCCCGCGCGCCGAGGAAGUGAGCCAGACGGACGAGAGCAAGGCCACGCAGCAGCUCGAGAGCACCAACCUGGAGGACGAGCGCAAGCAGCAGGCCGCGCGCACGCCCUGCGUCGCCGACUCGGUCCUGAGCAGACCACACAUCAUCCAGAGGUUCUACAAGACGCUGUCCAUGUGCGACAGCAUCCAACUAUCUUCAAGUCUAAGCACGGAGUCGCCGGCGGGCGCGGAGCCGGCCUCGCUGAAGGAGGAGGUGUUCUGGCUGGUGGCGCACGUGCUGGACAUGGCCGUGUGCCCGCAGGCCGCCGCGCCCACGCUCAUUGACUUCCUCAGAAAAGAAGAGAUAACCUCGCUGUCGUGCGCGAUGCGGCAGCUGUUGAUCCGCGUGCUGGACAAGCCGGAGGCGCUCGGCGCACUCCUCGAGCUGGGGCUGCUGGAGCUGGCCGUGGACAAGCUCACCAAGCUGCACCAGAUGGCGCCAAACAACUCGCAAGGCCUGGUCUCCUCGCUGAUGAACUACCUGAAGCUGCCGCCUCAGAUAUACAACAUGUCGCAGGCGUGCAACACUAACAAGAAGACGCAGCCGCCUCUCAUUGAGAACUCUAACGGACUCACCAACUUUGGACCGCUGUGCACAGUAACCUGCGGCAACCCGACAGCCCAAGCAGCCGACGUUCUCCUCGGCGUCAACGUGAACAACAGCGGCGCCUGCGCAGCCCGCCGCGUGCGCGCCGCCGCCUGGUCCUACCACUUCUUCAGCGCUGAUGAUGCGUCGCUAGCACUGACUCUGACCCUGCCGUAUGCUGUGCAGCUGCAUGAGGUGCAGUUGCAGCCGCAUGUCACUAGUUUAGCCACAUGCCCCGGCGCGGUGGCAGUUGAAGCCGGUUGUGGAGGCACGCUGGCGCCGCUUGGACCGCCUCAGAACACCGCUGGCAUGACCUUCAUACGACUCGUCGUGUGCAAGCCGAUUGUCUGCACUACUGUUCAGAUUCGAUUAUACAAGCCCAGAGAUAGCUCCAACAUGGGACUCCUUCAUCUGAAAUUACUUGGAGUUCCAGCUUUCAACAAGAUGCUGCCCAAUAACAACAACCCCAACAACUGGGCAUCAAUAGUAGCCGCCUGCACGCGCGGCCGCCUGCCCGACUCGCGCUGGACCUCAGUCACCUCUCCAGGAGCCCUGGCUGCCCUCUCCGCGCUGCUGGUGGCCGGGGGCAGCGGCGGCGCGCACGCUGCUCACACGCUGCUGGCGGCCGCGCGCGCCUGCCCCGCGCUGCGGGCGCCGCUGCUGCAUGCGCUGCUGAAUAUGCCGCCUACGUUCCAAUCCGGCUCCACGCGCUCAUCAGGCGGCGUGCGCGCAGUCUGCGCUCUCGUCCAACAACUAUGUGUCACAUGUGCGCCGGGCUCGGUGGAGGCGUACACGCGCUGGCUGGCCGCCGCCGCCGAGCGGUACCUGCGCCACCGCACCGCCGUCAGCGCCGCACCCUUAUAUACUGUUGCUGCGGUUCUAUGGACGCUCAAGGAAGAAAACCUUCUAGAAAACUUGGAAGAACUUAUUACGGAUGACCUGUUUGAGCUCAUCUACACAUGGGUCAAAGACGUCCCUGAAGACAGCAUGCUCAAGAAGUCAUUAGAUUCUAUUCUCUGCUCGAUGUGCUACAUUAGGCCAGUGCUGUUCAGAAUGCUGCUAGAACAAAUGGAUGUACCGAUGGAAGAAAAUGCAAACAGCAUGGAAAGCCAGACCGACGACCGCAAGGUCUCCUCCCCGCAGCGCGCGCCGCCGCCGCCGCGCAGCAACAUGGCGGUGCGGCUGGCGGGGCGACGGCUGGCCACCGCCGGCGCCGCGGCCCUGUCGCCCAGCGUCGCGCCCGACCUGCUGCUUAGCGGCCUGCCGCAUGCCGUCGCGCAUGCUGUCACAGACUUCAGUAUUGCCAAACUUCAGGAGAUAAAGGCUCAAGUAGGAUCUCAGGAAGACAUACAAAUGACCGAUUCGGAAAAACAAUCGACUAGCGCAAUUAAACCAGAAACGGCGGACAUGAAGACAGUGUGCCAACUAGUAGAAUGGCUGCGACAGCUGUGCAUGGAGCGGCGGCUGAAGGACUGGCUCGGGGCCGCGGGCGCCGUGUUUUGGAGGCCGCUGCUGCACCUGCUGUGCUACCCAAGACCUGCUCCAAGCACAUGGCAAGAAGGCGCUCAAUACGCGGAACUGGAAGAGAGUACCAUCCGUCUGUUCGCCGAGCUCACCACUUGCCACGCCGACAACCAGAAGCUGUUUGCGUCCACACUGCAUAAUAUUGUCGAGACCCUGCAUUGUACCGGUCCAGAAGGCAUAUCGGGCUUCACGCGCGCCCUAAUCCUGCGCCUACUGCUCUCAUCUGAGCGUGUUCGCGUAGGGCUCCGGUGGGGGGCGGCGGGCGCGGGGGGCGCGUCCCCCGGCCGGCACCCCGCCGAGCACUCGCUGACCGUCGUGGACCUGCCCACGCAUACCACUGUGAGGACUCUGCUGAGGGAGCAUAGGCCGCCUGUCCCCCAACUAGACGACACGGCCAAGUUCCCCAGCAUGCCGUCAUCAUCAGCGGGCGCGUCGUACCUGGUGCGGCGCGCGUCCGACACGGCCAUCUCCACGGCGGCCGAGGUGUGGGAGCUGUCCAUCGCCGCCGCCUCCGCCUCCAAGGACAAGCGCAUCAAGGAUGUCAAGAACACCACCUUGAAGCAGCAACAAGUUUUGAAGCGGCAGAACAAAGCAUCAUCCGAUGCGGCUGUGCAGUCUGCUACAGACGCAAUCAUUGCAGAGAUCUUCGAGACGAACAUCCGGGUGACGGUGGCCGGCAUCGCGGGCUCCGUGCCCGCGCACGCCACGCUCGCGCAGCUCUCGGCCGCCGCGCCGCACGUGUUUGGGCCCCACUUGACUGUCAACUUCACCCCGCACCAACCAGAAAACCCCUCAAACACAUGGGAGGGCGCUUCAGAAACCACCCCGGCCAGUUCAUUCGGCGCAGUUCUCCGAGAGUUCGGCGCUUGCGGCGGUCUCGCUCUAAUGGCGGCGAGGCUGCCCCGCCCGCGCCCCGCGCCGCUCCCCGCCCCGCGCCCCGCCCGCCCUGAUCAUGAUGACUGGGUGAAGCUCGAUGAUCCUUAUGAGGAGGUAGUCGAGCUCGGCGUCGGCAGCGGCUCCUCAUCAUCAGACGAAGCCUCCUGCGGCGGAGUCCCCCCACACGCACUCCUAGCCCUGGGCCUGUUACUCAAGCUGCCAGGCUACGCCGCGGCGCUACUGGAUGAGGGCGCCCGGGCGGUGCAUCUACUGAGGCUGCUGUUGGGCGUCACGCAUGAUGAGGAUGGUCGCAGCAUCGUAGUCGGCGGCACAAACGGCUCCGGCUCGUGGUCACUCGGCACCCUGCCCUUCGUGGUCGUCGCGCGGCAGCUAGAAGCCAGCCCGCUGGACUCGGCGCGCGGGGUGGCGCUGCGGCGCGCGCUGCUGAGCAGCGGCACCGUGCGGCUGCUGCUGGCGUGCCUGGCUGUCUUCACGCACCACCACGAGGCUGACGGCGAUAACAGCCAAGGCUCCAACGGCUCGGGCAAGACGGAGGCUGAAAAGAGCCAACUCUACUGGGCCAAGGGCACCGGCUUCGGGACGGGCUCCACGCAGCAGUCGUGGAACGUGGAGCAGGCGCUGGUGCGGCAGCGCACCGAGGAGCACCACGCCACCGCGCUCAUGCAGGUGCUAGCAUCCUACAUGAACCCCGGCGAGCAGUGGCCGCCGGACGAGGGGGGCGCGGGGGCGGGGGGCGCGGCGCUGGGCGAGCCCGCCGACCUGCCCGCCGAGUUCGUGGACCUGGUGGCCGCCAGCUCGCUGGUUCCCGCGCUCUGCUCCUACCUCAGGAAUGACUCUGUGCUGGACGUGUCCCGCCACAUCCCUCUCUACGUGUGCGUGUUACGCUGCGCGCGCGCACUGUACUCGCUGCACUCGCGCAAGCUGCAGGCCUCCAUCCGCGCCCUCCCGCGGCUGCUGAAGCAGAUGAGCCGCACUACCAAUUCGUAUGCUACUAAGUUGCGAAUGAGUAAAAAGAACAUAUACGGUAAAAUGACGUACGCCCAAAGAUUUUGUUCCUCGAGUAAUUCGGAGUUAUCGGAAGAAGAUGAAGGACUAGCAACUCUUAUAGCUGAUAUUCAAGCGACAGCCGCUCUAAUGUGCGGCGACGACAGCGACGACGACUCGGCGGCGAGCUGCGUGCCGCGGCCCGUGAGCGGGGCCUCGCGCGAGGCGCGCUACAUCGAGGUCAUGCGCCGGUUGCAGUUCGAAACCUUCGAGAUGAUAGAAGAGUGUCCGUCCAACGGCUACCGCUUCACCGUGCCCUACCACUUCGAGGGCACGGUCCGGGCCGCCGGCGAGCGCGCGCACCCGCAGCGCAUGAAGCGCCUGGCGCAGGAGGCGGCGACCCUGGCCACUAGUCUGCCGCUGUCGUAUUCUUCAUCAGUGUUUGUGAGGACUGAUACGGAUCGGCUCGACGUUAUGAAGGUGCUAAUCACCGGCCCGUCGGACACCCCGUACGCCAACGGCUGCUUCGUGCUGGACGUGUACUUCCCAGCCGAAUACCCGGCAGCCCCCAUGCUCAUCAACCUCGAGACCACCGGCCGACACUCCGUGCGGUUCAACCCUAAUCUAUACAAUGACGGCAAGGUGUGUCUGUCGGUGCUGAACACGUGGCACGGCCGGCCCGAGGAGAAGUGGAACGCCAGCACCAGCAGCUUCUUGCAGGUGCUAGUCUCCAUCCAAUCCCUGAUCCUGGUCCCGGAGCCGUACUUCAACGAGCCCGGCUACGAGCGCUCGCGCGGCACCCGCCAGGGCUCCUCCGCCUCGCUCGAGUACAACUCCAACAUCUACCAGGCGUGCGUGCGCUGGGCCAUGCUGGACCACCUGCGCAACCCGUCGCCCUGCUUCAAGGAGGUGAUCCAAACACACUUCUGGAUGAAGCGCAACGAGAUAAUGUCGACGGUGGCGGCGUGGCUGGCCGAGCUGGAGGCGCACAGCGGCGACGAGCGCGCGCAGCGCACCAUACAGCUCAACCUCAUGGCGCUCAAGCGUCACUACGUGAAAAUCCAAGAGGAGCUGGCUAAGCUGCCCGUCCCUCCCGGUCUGGAGGACCUGGACGAGCCGUUCACCCUCCCCGCGGCGCCGUCGCCCCCGCCCCCCGCGCCCGCCGCGCCCCCCACCAACGACGAGAUCGACCACGACAUGGAGAAGAUCGUCUCACAGGUGCUCGACUGAACACACUCACUUACGGAACCAAAUGCUCUUUGAUAAUUGUGACGCUAUGUAGACUGUAGAUGUACUCACUGGUGGACUAAACGAUGCAUUUCAUCCCUAAAUUAUAGAGUUUGUUUGUUGUAUUAUAGUUUACUUUAAAGUGAAGAUUAAUUUAGUUGUGUACUAACCGGAUUUAUUGUGUUUUAUCCGACGAUUAUCAAAGAGAUUGUUCUCGGUCGUACGUGGGUGGUGUGGGACGGAGGCAACAAUGGAAGUACAAGCCAACCGGACGACCCAACAAGCAUUUAUAUACGUAGUGUAGUUAGGUAUAUACACUUGUGUAACAGAUAUUUAUGUAAUUAUACCAGACUCCUAGUGUUAGCUGCGCUGAGCGGACGCAUAUUACUGCUAUUAUUCUUAUAUAUUGACUACAUAACCUGUGUAACGGAUUUGUCAGUUUUAUCGUAUCUUACUAACGCGUUUUAUUGUUCAUAAUGUAUUUUUUUUAUUUGUAUUAAAGGUUUCGUUUUUAUAGAUUUUGUCUUUACUUUAGGAUGUAAUGGGAGGUCUGUUUAGUUUAACAUUAUUGUGAUACUACAAUGGGCCCUCAUGGUGCCCUGUAAGCUAUUUAAUGAAGAGUUAAUUGUGUCUCUCGCGGCUCACAGCGUCGCCAUGUUGCGUCUCGUGAGCCCGUGAGUGCGGGCCCCACACUACCACAUCUUAUACUCAACGUUACGUUUAUCUGUUCAGUAGAACCACCACCUGUACUUUAGUUUUAGUACCUAUGGUUUAAAAUAUUUAACGAUGAUCUUUGUGUAAUGAAAACGAAGGCUUGAUUUACAGUAAAUAUUUCAGUUAUGAGCACAAGUAUUGCCGGCGGUGUGCCUCGGCCUGCAUAACCUCAGCUUCAACAUGUGUCGAGAAGCGCUCACUACUUACUUGUAUAUUCAAAUUAAUUUGAUGUAUAUAAAGUUUUAAUUUGUAUUUUAAGAAUAUUUAUACUUGUAUGUAUUGGAAAUUCGCUCUGAAAGAGCACUUGCGGCGUUCGAGUUGAAUUACGAUAGGGAUGACGGUCGGCCGCCUCGCGUCCAGUGAAAUGGACAUUUCUGAAUGUAUAUAAAAAUCAUCAGUAAGUUUAGCUAAAUGUGUCACUUUGUACUUUCAUUGCCAGGUUUAGUAAACGUAAUCGUUUAUUGUAAAUUUGACUGUGAAUUUCGAACAUGUAAAUAAAAAUUUAUGUUAUCGCA